UGGCAGUCGUCGUUUGGCUGACGUUCACCUCGACUCCGCUUUCACCCGACCGAUUCCGGCGAUCUUGCGCGAUCUCGUCGUCAUCCGCGAUGGUUUUCUCGUCAAGAGUAUCUUAGAGUUUGCGUACCUUUUUUUUUGCGCGACUAAGAAAAACGGAUAUAUACAUGCACACCCGCACAUGCGAGAGAAGAAAAAACGUGCGAAAAUAGGAAGCAGUUUUCUUCCGAACAUUCGAAGAAGCGGGUCCAGGAAGCGAUCUCUCGACCCAUCUCCGUCGCGCCUCAUCCGUCGACUAUGAUCGCCUGCGUCGCGAGGAUACCGAGGAUAAGGAUCUAGCAGAGACCGAAUCGUCCGCAAGUGAAAUGGCGAAGAAUCAACAUCAGAAUGGCGUAAUACCGGGCGGUGGUACGAUGUCUGGACCGGAUGAUUUUUCAGAUGGUGAAAGCACUCCUCUGACUCAGGACUACGUCGGAAGCCAACGCACGAUCGUCGAGACGAAAGGAUGGGACGUAUUCCGAAAUCCUCCGUUGAAAACCGACUCCAUCUCGGGCUCCAUGGCGAACCAGAAGUGCCUGGAGAGAAUGGUGCAAGUGAUCAAGGUCCUCGUCUAUCUGCUCGUUUUCGUCAUCGUGCUGGGAAGCGGCGUGGUCGCCAAGGGCACGAUCCUCUUUAUGACGUCGCAGCUCCAACGAGACAGAAAAAUAUUUUACUGCAACAAACAAUUAGAUCGAGAGAAUCAAUAUACCGUAACGUUGCCCGAGGUUGAAAGGAUCGCUUGGAUCUGGUGCAUAAUAAUCGCGCAAUCGAUACCAGAGUUCGGCGCGCUGAUGCGCAGUAUCCGCAUGUGCAUCUUCAAGUCAUUCAAGAAGCCACAAUUGUCGCACUUUCUCCUGGUCUUCAUCAUGGAGACGUUUCACGUGGUGGGCGUCUCCUUGAUGUUCAUGGCGGUACUCCCGGAACUGGACGUCGUCAAGGGGGCGAUGCUGACCAACUGUGUGUGCUUCGUUCCCGGAUUACUGGGCCUACUUUCCCGUAACAAAAGCAAAGAUGAAUCCAAACGAUUCGUUCUCGUUCUCGUCGACAUCGCCGCCCUGGCCGCUCAGGCGACCAGCUUCGUUCUUUGGCCGCUGUUGGAGAACUCGAAGCAUUCCCUGUGGCUGAUUCCCGUCGCUCUGUUCCUCGUCUCUUGCGGCUGGUGGGAAAAUUAUGUCUCCACGCAGAGUCGAAUCGGUCUGAUCAGAACACUCGGCAGGGUAAAGAAGGAAAUGCGACUGACGCGAUAUUUUACUUACAUGCUGAUGUCCAUCUGGAAAAUUGUGGCAUUCUUUAUUAGUACGAUAUUGAUAUUACACAUGAAAGGGGAAAAUGUCGGUCAUCUCUUCAGUAUGUUGAGCAGUGCAUUCAGUGAGCACAAGAUCACUGUUACAUCUGUUAAGUCGAUCGCUGGAAAUCUGCCCGAUCUCUCGGAGAUCGUGACCGGCGACAUCACGGAGGUCGUCAACGCAGACUUCAGCACGCCUAUCUACGUUCUUCUGCUGCAAAUUGCCGGCUCUUACUUCGCUUACAUUUUCGGCAAAUUCGCGUGUAAGAUCCUGAUUCAGGGCUUCAGCUACGCAUUUCCGGUGAACCUCACGAUACCGGUAUCGAUUUCGCUGCUCAUCGCCGCUUGUGGUCUCCGCAAUAGUGAUCCGUGCUUUUUCCAUGGCACUAUUCCGGAUUAUCUGUUUUACGAAUCGCCACCGCCGAACUUUCUCAACGAUUUUGUGUCGAAGCAGUAUGCCUGGGUAUGGCUGCUCUGGCUGCUAUCGCAGACUUGGAUCACUCUGCAUAUCUGGACACCCAAAUGCGAGCGUCUCGCGGCCACGGAGAAACUAUUCGUGGUACCGAUGUACAAUUCUCUAUUGAUCGACCAGUCGAUGGGAUUGAACAGACGAAGGGACGAUCAACCAGAAGUCAAAGUCGAAGAUCUGGCGGAGAUAGAGAAGGAGAAGGGCGACGGCGACUACGAGACCAUCUACGAGCAGACGGAUGGUUCGACCACACCUCCGUCCGCGGUAAAGAGCAGCGAUCACGUUACCAGAAUAUAUGCUUGCGCUACUAUGUGGCACGAGAAUAAAGAGGAGAUGAUGGAAUUUCUGAAGAGUAUCCUGCGCCUGGAUGAGGACCAGUGUGCGCGGCGCGUCGCUCAGAAGUAUCUCAAGGUCGUCGAUCCCGAUUACUACGAAUUCGAAACUCACAUAUUCUUCGACGACGCGUUCGAGCUGUCGGAUCAUGACGAAAAUGAGUCGCAGGUAAAUAGAUUCGUGAAACUUUUGGUCGGCACGUUGGACGAGGCCGCGUCGGAUGUGCACAAAACGAGGAUGCAUGUGAGAGCGCCCAAAAAAUAUCCAACUCCUUACGGCGGACGACUAGUAUGGACUCUCCCCGGGAAGACGAAGAUGAUCGCUCAUCUGAAGGAUAAGAGCAAAAUCCGACACAGGAAGCGAUGGAGCCAAGUAAUGUACAUGUAUUAUCUGCUCGGACAUCGACUAAUGGAAUUACCGAUCAGCGUCGAUCGCAAAGAAGUGAUCGCCGAAAAUACGUAUCUGUUGACACUCGACGGCGACAUCGAUUUCCAACCAGCGGCGGUAAAGCUUCUCGUGGACCUGAUGAAGAAGAAUAAGAACUUGGGUGCUGCAUGCGGUCGAAUUCAUCCAGUCGGCUCUGGACCAAUGGUGUGGUACCAGAUGUUUGAGUACGCAAUUGGUCACUGGCUGCAGAAGGCUACCGAGCAUAUGAUCGGCUGCGUACUUUGCAGUCCCGGAUGCUUCUCGCUGUUUCGUGGCAAGGCUUUGAUGGACGACAACGUGAUGAAGAAAUACACGACCAAAUCCGACGAAGCGAGGCACUACGUGCAAUAUGAUCAGGGCGAGGACCGUUGGUUAUGCACGUUGUUAUUGCAAAGAGGGUACAGAGUGGAAUAUUCGGCUGCGAGCGACGCUUAUACUCACGCACCGGAAGGAUUCAACGAGUUCUAUAAUCAACGACGUCGCUGGGUACCCUCCACGAUCGCGAAUAUUAUGGAUCUGUUGAUGGACGCGAAACGCACAAUUAAGAUCAACGACAAUAUCUCACUGCCCUACAUCUCUUAUCAGAUCCUGCUGAUGGGUGGUACAAUUCUGGGACCCGGCACGAUCUUCCUCAUGUUGGUGGGAGCUUUCGUGGCGGCUUUCAAGAUCGACAAUUGGACCAGCUUCUAUUACAAUAUUAUUCCUAUCUUGCUCUUCAUGAUCGUCUGUUUCACAUGCAAAGCAAAUGUGCAGCUUUUGUGCGCCCAGAUCCUGUCAACGGCGUACGCGAUGAUCAUGAUGGCGGUGAUCGUAGGUACGGCUUUACAGCUCGGCGAGGACGGUAUAGGCUCGCCGUCGGCGAUCUUCCUCAUAUCACUGUCAAGCUCGUUCUUCAUAGCAGCCUGUCUGCAUCCGCAAGAAUUCUGGUGCAUCGUGCCCGGCAUCAUAUAUCUAUUGUCCAUCCCGUCCAUGUACUUGCUCCUCAUAUUAUAUUCCAUCAUCAAUCUUAACGUUGUAUCGUGGGGUACUAGGGAAGUGCAAACGAAAAAGACCAAAAAGGAACUCGAGCAAGAGAAACGGGAGGCGGAAGAAGCGAAACGCAAGGCCAAGCAGAAGUCCCUGCUUGGUUUUCUGCAGAAUGGCGCGGGUACCAACGACGACGAUCAAGGCUCCAUCGAGAUAUCUCUGGCCGGUUUGUUCAAGUGUUUGCUUUGCACCCAUGGCAAACCGUCCGCCGAGAAACAGCAACUUGUGGCGAUCGCGGAAUCGCUCGAGCAGCUUGGCAAGAGGCUCGAGACUAUCGAGAGAGCGGUGGAUCCUCAUUCCUCUGGAAGGAGGAGAGCCUCGUCCGUGGGAUCGCGAACCGCCGACCAUCUCGGCGCCAUUGGCGAAGAUCCGGCUGAGGAUGAAGAGGCCAGCGAUACGGAAACAGUGACGAGUCUGAAUACCGAGGGUAAUCGCGAUGGCAGCAACUUCCUCUCGCGGCCGUACUGGUUGAACGACGAUGGUCUGAAGAAAGGCGAAGUAGAUGUGCUGUCGCUACAGGAGGAGCAGUUCUGGAAGGAUUUAUUAGAAAAGUAUCUCUAUCCGAUCGACGAGGACAAGGCGGAGAAGGCAAGAAUCGCCAAAGAUCUCAAGGACCUACGCGACCAGAGCGUCUUUGCAUUCUUUAUGAUGAACGCCCUCUUCGUCCUGAUCGUCUUUCUACUGCAAUUGAACAAAGAUUUGUUGCACAUCAAGUGGCCAUUCGGCAUCAAGACGAACGUCUCUUAUGACGCUAGCACCAUGGAGGCCCGCAUCGCCGCCGAUCUGAUCGAGCUACGCAACAAGAGCGUGUUCGCCUUUCUAAUGUUCAAUGCGUUGUUCGUUCUGAUCGUAUUCUUGCUACAGCUGAACAAGGAUCAGCUGCACGUUAUCUGGCCGCUCGGCGUCAAGACCAACAUCACCUACGUCGAGGAGACCUCGGAGGUACAUAUCACGAAAGAGUAUUUGCAACUCGAGCCGAUCGGUCUCGUCUUCGUCUUCUUCUUCGCGCUCAUAUUGGUCAUACAAUUCACCGCAAUGUUGUUCCACCGAUUCGGCACGCUGGCCCACAUUUUGGCCAGCACUAGCCUAGAUUGUUGCAAGAAGACAAAGGAUCUUUCCGAAGAAGCCUUGCUGUCAAAACACGCGGUCGAAAUAGUGAGAGAUUUACAGAGACUGGACGGAAUGGAGGGCGAUUACGAAGAGGGCAGUGGCAGUGGGCCCGGUAGACGAAAAACGAUUAGAAAUCUGGAGAAAAGUCGAAGGAAGACGCAGGCGAUCAACACGCUUGACGUAGCCUUCAGGCAGCGAUUCUUUAGCAUGAGCGAAGGCGCAGGUUUGCCGAGGAACAUGUCGACGCGACGCACCACCGAGGCGUUCAAGGCGUUCGAGGGCAGGCGCAAUAGCAUAAUGGCACAACGCCGGAAAUCGCAGAUGCAGACCCUGGGUGCGAAUAACAUCUACGGCGUGGCUGGCAAUCCUUUGGGAAUCCAGGGCCGGCCGUCCCGUAGCAGUCAGAUAUCUGUCAAAGAUGUGUUCGAGGGGCAUGGAUCGGUAGCCGGACAUGUGAAUGCCGGCUACGAGGGCGAUGACAGCCCGAUCAACAGUCUGAGGCUGCAGAAUCUCGGUGGUCAGGUCACGUGGCGGGAAGCCAAUUCUAAUGUUUGAUCAUUUCUCUUGUUUCCCGUUACUCGCGAAAGAUCGAUGGGGAAUCCGACAGAUUAAUUUGAAAAGAAGUUUUCUUUAAAAAUGGAUGUAGAAGGCGACUUUUUUUCGAAAUGAACUUUUUAAAUUAUAGGAUAUCUGAAAUCUCUCAUCCUAGCAUCAAAGGUUGCAAUAUUUUAAUACCUAUGUGUUCCAUUAAAUAUAUCACGAUAUAAUUAUCUUUAUCAAAAUCCGCACAAAUUUCGAAUAUGCUUACCUGAUAAUGGCUGACAGAUCAAUUUUCCUUUUUUCUGCAUUUUUUCGCACGUUUUUUGCCUCUUUCUAGCACAAUUCCGUUCAUCAUUGCCUUUUCCGUUUCACUUUUUUAUCAUAUUUUUUAUUUCUCCAAAGCCCCUAAAAAUAUAUAUUCUGUAUCAUAACAUUGAAUUAAAACUGCACUUUUUUAUUUUUCUUUCUUUAACUGCACAUCUAUACUUUUUUUGCACUCAAACAUUUCUCUCUUUAACAUACUUCUCUUAAGUUUGUUUCAUCUUACAUGUAGAAAGUCUAAAAGUGUGAUGCGGUUAAAGGAAGAAAAGAUGAUUUUCAUAUUGUUACUGCCAAGUUAAACAGCAGUGACUGCGAUGAUUACGCUUACUUGCUCUUUUAUUUUUACCGCAUAUGUGAUAAGGCCGAUAUUUAAAAUAUAAUUUGAUUGCGUAUGAAUGUGUAAAUGUAUAUAUGUGAAUUGCAUGUGUUUGAAGAUUGUAUGCAUGUAAUAAUAAUAUUAAAAAAUAAAAAUGCUAGGAAAAAUAUGACAAA